AUUUCUCCCCCUCGUUGUCGCUCCACCGUUCUCGACGCACCCGAUAGGAUCUAUUUGAUAUUAGCUAGUAGUAUAUAAGAGCUACGUACUGCUGUAGUAGCUCGGGUUUUUCGCAACGACCAGCCUUUACACCUGUCACACACUGCGUGAAACUCCUUCAUGAGAGUACGUGACUUUCGCCACCCUCUCAUAUUUUUGACAGCUCCAUUGGCUGUUUCUCUGCUUAUUUCUAUAUCUCUCUCUCAACUACAUCUGCGCUUUUUUUUUCUUUAAAUCUCUUUCUCUCUCUCUUCGUCGAUCUCUGGAAAACCGAGGCUUGAUCACCCGAGGCCACUCCGAUUUCGACACUGUAUCUUCUGUAUACCUAUUAGGAUGUCUCGUUACGCCUUGCGCAGCCGCCGCAACACUGUUGCAACAGGGCCAGCCUUGCCAAGGGUGGAGAGUCCUUUAUCCGAGUUAUCUGGUGAGCUGUCCCCAGAUAUCCAUAAUACUAAAAUCCCGGCAGAAUCCAGCACUGCGAGUGCUCAGGGCUCUGCUCCUGGUCCGGCUGCAAGCCGUGUUCCAGCGUCUGGCAACGCCACGCUGAGGAACCCUCCUUCUGCUCAUGUACAAGCGGAGGAGGAGAAAUCGUCUCCUUCUGACUUGGAGGAUGAUGAGGAUGUCAGUUCCCAAGGGAAUCUGACUGCUGCGGGUAUUUCAAAGAAGAAUUUGUCUCGUAGUAAUGUAGAAUAUGAUGAUGAAUCUGAUACAUCUAGUUCUAGUAGUAGCAUGGAAUCUGAGAAAGCAUCUAGUAAGACUGAUGCUGAGGAACCUACUCCUCUUCAACCGGCAAGGCCUGCAAGGCUUCAUCGUACUCAGAGUCUGGAUGACCUGAGUAGGAAUGCAGUUCGCUUUAAGGAGCAGCAUAAAGCAAAGAAGCUCACCAAGGAACAAGCUUCUACAGUUAGGGCUGCAGAACGUAAUCUGACUGCCGAGCAGCGAGAAAUCCUGGCAAAACAUCAGGAUAAGGUUGCUCAGAAGCAGGCUCGCAACCCACCUGAAACCCAUAAUGCAACACCAGGCCCAAGCUCAUAUGUUGCAAAGGGAAAAUUUGCUGAUCGUAACCAGGAAGUUGAUGAUUCGGAAUUGGACAUUGAGGCUCAAUGUGAGGCGCUCAAGAACUGGAACCAGGUCCGUGAUGAGAUCCAGGAAUCACUUGAUGGUCAUCAGGAUGAACUUGAACCUGAAACGCACCAUGAGGAUGGAUUCGCAAAGGUCAGAAAGUCUUCUAAGCGGACUAAAGCUUCUGGCAAGUCCAAGGCUUCGCGAACUAAGAAACUGGUUGGUAAGACUGGCCGGUAUGAUGUUCUCGAGGUUGAGGAAACUUCUGAUGAAGAUCCUGAGGAUGCUGAACCGAAAAAAUACCAGAAAAAGCCUAUGAAAUCAAAGAAAAGGACUUCUAAGAAGAAGAAUGUUCAUAAUCUUGAGCCGCUGGCAAGCGCAUUUGAUCGUCGGAUGGAAGAGGUGGUUCAGGGCAAGUCCAGAGCACCCUUAAGCAGUCAUCAUGGGAGCUGGCAUGGCUCUACUCGUCCAACAGAUCAGCUUCUGGCUGAUAGCUUCUUAGCCAAUGUUCUAAAAGUUGGUAAAUCUAAGAAGAAAGCCUCACCAGAACGUAAACAGAAGCUCAAUAGGAAGAAGAAUGUUAGCGACCGAUUUCACAAACAAGAUCAAACAACUAAGCGUGACUCGCACUUCGGUCAGGCACUUUAUGUUGUCCGCAGGUUUGCGUUAAGGGAGCUAUCGCUUAGUUGA